AUGGAUGAGCACUGUCUAUUCGGGCUCUUCGGGGAAGUUUCUUUGUCGCCGGCCAGCAAGAGGAACGCCAUCACAUUGGAUUUCGCGCAGUUUUACUUUAGAGCGGUGCCAAUUAGUGGCCAACAGCAGCAACAACAGCAGCAGCAACAGCACCAGCAGCUCGUGCAGCAGCAAUUGCUAGCCCAGCAGCAGCAGCAACUGCAGAUACAGCAGCUGCAGCAACAAUUGCUGCUGCAGCGACUCGAGCGUGAGUUGCAGCAGAGUUACUCGUGCCUGCGGCAACGUUGGCUCACCGACUACGCAGCCCCCCAUCAGCAGCACCAGCAGUUCGCCCAGCAGCAGCAGCUCUUUGCGGCCCAGCAGCUGCAGCUGCAGCACCAGCAACUGCAGCAACAGCAACAGCAGCAGCACCAGCAGCAGCAGCAACAACAGCAGCAGCAACAGCAACAGCAGCAGCAGUACAGCUACUACUUCAGUCGCGGUAGCACCAACACCGAUCUGGGUCUCGGACUGGGCCUGGGCUUCGGUCUGGGCAGCGGCAACCUAGCCAGCUGGUACCAUCUGCCGUCCACAUCGGCGCACAUCUAUAUAGGAACCACCAGCAGCGGCGGUGCACCGGCCAGCGCAGCCUAUCCUCCGUAUCCGUACCGGAGCGUGGGCGGCUAUUCCGGAGGAGGUUAUCCGGCCGCGGCGCUAAUCAACUUCGAUGCCUCGCCGACACCGCUGUUAGCCUCAGCGGGAAGUUCACCCGGCUACUUGCCACCAUUGGCCAUUCCGGCAGCCUUACCACCACCGCCACCGGCGCCGAGUGUAGCCACCGAUUACUACUUCAGCAGCCGGAGCACACGGACCGUUCCGCCACCGGUGGUACCGCCCACACCGGCGGCCGUUGCAGCAGCGGCAUCAGCAUCAGCAUCUGUAUCAGCGGUCUCCACCUCGCCGUUCCGGGAGUACGGGAGUGCGGCGGAGGAGCUGCAAGCUGGCUAUCGCUACAAGGCCACGCCCCGCAGGCGGUACGACGCCUACGACAACUACGGCUAUCUGCCUGGCUUUGCCAGCACCACUGAAGACGAGGAGGACCUGCUCGAGGAGUGCCUGCCGCAGGAACUGCUCUCCACGGACUGCUCGAGUCUCGAGGAACUGCGCUUCUUCCAUCUGCAGGAGGAGGACGAAGACGAGGACGACGAGGAGGUUGCCACGCAGCUGGCGCACAUCCUUGACCUGCCGGAUUUUCUACAUCCCUACGGCGGCAGCGGCCGGGACAGCCUGCACAGCCACAAGACGCCGCCGCAACACGAGUACCAAACGGAGCACGGCUCAGCCGCAGCGGGAGGAGCAGGAUCGGCGGGCACAGACGGUCGGAGUGCUGGUGGUCAGUCGCAGCGUGUCCUUGAGGAGCAGCGAUACCAGCCCUACCAAUACCAGCAGCAACAGCAGCAGCAACAGCAUCAGCAUCAGCAGCAGCAGCAGCAGCAACAUCACCAGCAGCAUCAGCCGAACUUCCCACAGCAACAUCAACACUUCCAGCCGUCGCAGCAGCAACUGCAGCAGCAGUCCUACCACUCGUACCAAUAUCCUUCGCAGGACAGCUGCGAGGGCUUCAACCAAUUCGCCAGCAACGCGGGCAGCUGCCUGGGCAAUCAGAGAAUGAUGGUUAGCAAAUUGUGGAACAGCUGCUUCCCGGAGUUCACCCCGGACCAUGUGCAUCGCCACAACUUUUAUCUGUGCCAGUGGCAACGCAACACGCAGGUGCGCAUCGUUUACCUGUUCUACCGAUGGAUAACGGCCAUCACCUGCCUGGCGGCACUAGUCUGCUCCUUGCUGGACAUCGGGCGCACGGACGAGCACUUUGAGCACCACUACGCCAAGUGGUGGAUCUACCUGACCCACUGGGGACUGCUCUUCUGCACAGUGCAGGCCUGGCUGGCCGCCUGGAUAGUGACCCAGGGCAUGAUGGUGGAGCGCGAGGACUUCGAGAUCGUGCGGCAGGCGAAGAAGAGUCGCCUGCACCACUUGUACUGGGUGCUCUACACCUGUGCCACUGUCUACGCGUUCAUCGUCACCAUGUGCUAUUGGCUUCUGGUCCACAAUCCCGAAAUCCACAAGAUCGAUGCGCUGAACAUAAUGGUGCACGUGCUCAACACGAUUAUAAUGCUCAUCGAUUUGGCCAUAGUGGGGCACCCGAUCAAGAUGAGCCACGCCUACUUCACCACUGGCAUUGGCCUGGCCUACGCCAUAUUCACGGGAAUCUAUUUCUUGGCCGGCGGAACAGACAGGAAAAACCAAACUGCCAUCUACCCGAUGAUGGACUGGACCAAGCCGGGCAAGGCGAUUAUAGUGACGGCCUGUGCGAUCAUCUUUACGUUCUUCGUUCACUUCUGCUGUUACCUCCUUUACCGCGGACGCGUCUGGCUCUUCACCAAGCUGUGCAUCCGCGGACGUCACAAUCGAGAUGGUGAAAUGGGUGAGGGCCUCAACGAUGACUCCGGUUCCCGCAUGGGCGGUGGCGGUGGCGGUGGUGGAGGUUCGGCCGGUGGCGGAGGAGCAGCUGGUGUCUCGGUGGCUGGCGCUGGCGCUGUGGGCAGCAGCCAGGAGUACGCCCAUCAGCAGCAGUAUCCGAUUGCCCACACGGAGCAGCCGCGGGCGGGCAGCCACCAACAGCAGCAGCAGCAGCCGCCGGGCAAUUACCAGCUGCCGCCACAGUACUCCGGAUAUCUGCAACAGCCGGUGGUCGCCGGGGUCAAUGUGGGUGUGAUCAGUGCCGAGGGCGUCUACCAGCCCAUUGGCACGGACACUGGACGCACCAGUGGCGGAGGCGAUGGCAAGCACAAGUCCUCAUCGGGAUCAACAGCUGGAGCUGGAGCAGGAUCGGGACAGGGACAGGGACAGGGUCAGGGUCAGGGAUCGGGUUCAGGAUCGGGUUCGGGCUCGGCACUGACGCGCACCGUAGCCCACUUGGAUGCGUCGCAACGGGAGCAGUUCCUCAACCCCAACAAAAUCGUCGAGUACAAGAUGUAAAGGCGUUGCACCCGGCACCGGUAUACGUUCCACUUGUCCAUGAAGUUUCUGGAGAAGCACUGUGCCCAGUGCGAGGCGACGCGCAGCGCCAUCUGCGAGGAGGAGCGCCAUUUGGCAUGAGCACAGUGGUUAGUUUUUAGAUUUGCUUUCGAGACGUCUAGCUUUCGAAUACCUGCCAGGCCAAAUCGAUUGAUCGGGCUCAAAUCAGUAUUGCACAUGGUAUUGCUUUUUUUUUUUGUGGCAAAGUAGUUUGUAACCGUAGUUUCGUAAUUUUGUAAAAGCUUUGCCAAUCCUUUUUAAAUGUGUAGACGCUUCUCAGUGUGCCGCAUAGCAUGCAUGCAUAUAUAGCACGACAAAGAUUUAGAAAAUUAGAAUUGUUCCUUUAUGCGAAGGAUUACCGUCGAGUGUAUUCGGACUUUUUUUUUCGAUGGUAAUCUUUUCGGCAAGUCGUUCCAGCAGUUUAAAACCUUUUAAAUGGACUAAGUUGAACAUGAUAUAUAUGUACAUUAAGCAAACAACUCACAGUAUUUUAUUUGGAGCUCAGUUAUCUAAUUGAUCGUAAUUAUCGUAAUCAAGCAAUUGUGUUCAAUAACAAAUUAACACACUGUCAGCAAUUAUUUUCGGCCCCAAACUCAAAACGAACCACACAGCUAGAGAGAUCCGAGAAAAGAACAUGACAUACUGCCUACAAUGAUUUAAGUUAGGAACUUUUUUAUUAGCUAAGUUAACCAUUUAUCCACACAAAUUUUAUAUAUCGGUGCAGGUGUAAGCCAGCUCGUGCAUCAACAUCCGAGACAGAGGUAUAAACAAUUAAGAGUUGAUUUAAUUGGGAUGGAAGGGCUCUGUUCAUAGUCUUGGAUUAUUGAGCACAAAGAUGGCAAAUAGAAUUGGCAGUUUUUUAAAGGAGCUAAAAGGCGCCGAACAAGGAGUAUGUAGAGCAAACAACAUUAAUUUUAGGAUACGCUUGGCAUUGGUUUGCUUAGUAAUUAGUGAAUUGAUAACAUAAAAUACGUUUCUUUAUAUGAAUAUUUUCCCAGCAAGCUCAGUCGCUGCUAGAACACUCUAAUAAACCUUAUUCUAGAAAGCACGACGUAAAGUAUUACGAUUAACAAUAUCAGAAAUAAAUAUUUUAGCAUACGAUGUUGAAAAAUAUAUUGCAAAACGUUUUACUUUUGACUCGAAUCCAAAUACGUACCCUACAAAAACCCGACGUCUUGCUUUUGUUGGUUUCUGCGAGUAUGUGACUUGAAGAGCUACUAAAUACUGAAAACAGUGACUAGAUUUAUUACCAGACGGAAACCUAUACGAGUAUAUGUAAAUAGUUGAUUUCGUUUAUGUUGAUCGACUUCUAUCUAUAUUCAAAAUGCAUAGCAAAAAUUUAGGAAUCUGGUGAGGAAAAUGUCGGUUCCCGUGAAAAGGUAUAGCCACCUUAAGUAAAAAUUCAGAAACAGCAAUGAAAAAUACAAAUGAAAUCAAAUGCAUUGAAUAAAACUCGUCAAGAGGAAUGUGUUAACAAGCUAAAGCAAAACAAGAAAACAAAUAUAAACAAAUAUAUUUAAAUAAAUAUACAGAAGCGAAUGCAGAGCAAAUAGCAUGCCCAAACUAUACCUACAUUAUUGAAUAAAGAUGUAAGACAUAAUAGCGAGGUAAAGUAAACAACCAUUAAUUUUUGAUAGAUUUACAUAAAUUAAACACUUUCUCCUAAAUAAAACAGAUCAUCCACAAGGUAUUCAGGUAUUUUUAUUUCCACAUUAUUUUAACCCAAUUUCUUUUUAGAGAAGUUUUACCAGUUUUGGUUGAGGGACUGCAAAAUGUCAGUUUCGCACGCUUUUCCCAAAUUGUUUUCCAAAAAUUUAGCAUAAAUGUAUAAAUGAAUGUUUAUAUAGACUGAAUAUUAUUAAAAAGCAAAAAAAAAAAAAACAACAAAGUAUAUAACCGAAUUAACAUGUAAAAGGAAGCGGUUAAAUCUUUUUGGAAUUGUAAAAAUAUAAAACGAAAAACGCAAGAUUUCAUAUUAGCCACAACAUACAACAGUAAACACAUAUCAACAAUUAGAGAAAACAUUCUAAAUAUAAAGAUAUUCAAAGAGAUGAAAAGCAAAAGUUUCAAAUAAAACAAAUCAAAGUUGACCUCAUCAAGAACCACACAUAAAAACCACAGUAAGAAAGUAAAACUUGCAUAAAAAAAUGUAAAAAUGUUAAACAAUCACUAUAACGUAUGUAUAUGCAGAAUAUAUUUAACAGAGGAAAAAUUCAAAUAUUAUAUUUUGUAGAUUUUUAGUAAAUUAGAAGUGAAAGAUUAUGAGAACCGAAUUCAACACACGCGCAUAUGUCUACAAAAAUAUUUAUCCCAAAUAUAUACAUACAUCCCCCAUACCCUUCAAAAUGUAGCUCAGCUCUCUGUACCCAAGUUGAGAAUUAGAGUUGAAAUUGUUGAUUGAACAAAUGAGGAAAUGGAAAAGCUUUAAGAAACCAAAAUGAUUGGACGACACUUUUAUACACCGACAUAAAAGUUGAACCAAACGGCUCAAUUGAGUUCUUGGCAAGGAGUUUGCUCACCAGGUAGUACACGAAAGGCUCAACAGAAUUCAGUAUUAGCGGAAGGCAAGUUGCUGCGAGUAUACAAAGAAAAUCAAAAUGUUAUAACAAAGCACACCAAGAAUAAAUCUUAAAAACUACAUGUGUUGAUGAAGAAAUAAAAUUUCAAUGUUGUGAAAUUUGAGGAAAUAAAAUACAAACCAAAUUGUUUACUUCAAAAGUAUUUCUGCGCAUUUAAGCAAAAUCGUAAACCAAUGCUUCAUCAUUUCAACCUAUAAUGAGUCGAAGUUUUGCUAAGCAAUUAACAACCAAGUAACGAAACAAGAAAAUAAUUAAUUGUUAGAAAAACCAUGAAAGUGUAAACGCUAAUGGAUGUCAUGCAUUUUAAGAG